UGGCUGGCAGUGUUCAUGAGGCGGUGAGUCCUGUACGCUGCUGGUGAGGAUGCGGCGUGUUGGUUGUGUGACAGCAUGAAUUAAAGGGGAUGUCACAACAGUAUCUACUAUGAAGACUUGGCAGACUCCAUUCCCAUCAGGCGAGAGGAACAGCGGAGUAAAUGGAUAAAAGGGAAUAAAGGCACAGAAGACAGAAGUGACAACAAAAAUCGUGGUCAUUCAUAUGGCGAAAAACCCAGCAAACCUCUUGCCCACACGUUGUCAGAAGGGCCCACGAAAAGCAAAAAUAAUGAAGACCCAAAACCACUGAGCUACGAAGACCUAAACCGUGCGAACCCUAAUUUGGGUGUCCAUCAAUCCAAAGCUGGCGAGGACAGGGAGGCGGCUGGUGAAGGAGUGCGGGGGAGGGAAGCAUCAACAAGAGUUGCUACCACGGGUCACCUGAGCAUUGAUGUGACAGUAGCCAAGUGGAUGCUGGAGGUGACGGUGGAUGACAAGAUGGUACUCCAAGAGGAAAUGGUAAUGGCUGACGUAAAAUUCAUGAAGCGAGGCGGACUUUACCUUGUGGUGUUGAAUCCCGCCACUGCUGUUGUCAUGCACGUCUCCAGGCAUAGGACUUUCGAGCGUUCCGGGGACCAUGAACUCUUGAGAAUACUGGAAGAUGUGCAGCCAGGGAGAAUUCUGGUUCUUGCUGCAAUGCACGAGGGCUUUAUGCAGAUGUCUGACCUAACUGUGAAUUAUCUCCGGAAACUCGGUUCAAGGACCAUACUCGACAUGACUAUGGGCGACAGAUGGGCGUGGAUAUGGACGAAAGAAGGAAGGACGUGGGCAGAAGGAGCGGUGUUUGCUAGCGGUGAAGACAGCCUGGUGGUGCAGGGCGGGCCGCUGCGCCUACACGCCCGUCCCCAGCGUACUGCACUAGCUGAUGUAGAGUGUGCGUGGCCCCGCGGAGGACAUUGGGACGCUCGUCGGACAUUCUGUGCCCAGUUCGAGGGUUACGGUGACCUGUGUAGCUGCUGGAGCCCAAUCUUGUUUCCAGUAGAUGCCCACAAGGCGAAGAGUGUGGCAGAGCGAGGCAUGAGGACAAUCCCGACAGUGAUAGUGGCGAGUGAGAGGCCCCUGCUCCUUCACCGGUGCCUCCUCCGACUGGUGUCAGUGCCGGGCGCUGAUCCUGAGAGGACGCUUGUGGUAGCUGACGGGGACCUCCAAGGUGGGUUACGAGAGGUCCGUGCUUUGAUCAACCUCUAUGGAAUAAAGUUCGAGGGGCACGACGCCGGGGGAAACAACGUGACCCUUCGUAUCACCCGCCACUACAGGACGGUGAUGGAGGUGGCCUUCAGAAUCUUUUCCUUAGACCCUUACGUCAUUCUCCUUGAGGAGGACCUCUAUGUGGCAGCUGACUUCUACAGUUACUUCGCUCAGACCGCGCCUCUCUUAGCCAGCGACCCAACACUGUACUGCGUGUCUGCCUGGAACGACCUGGCGCGGGAUGACUCUGGUGGGGACCCUAGGCUCGUGAUGCGCUCUGAGACCAUGGCGGGGCUGGGCUGGCUGCUCUCCAGAAAGGUGUACCAGGACGUGAUCAUAAAAUGGCCAGGUCAUGACAAGUUCGCAGACUGGGACAUGUGGAUGCGGCUGCCAGAGGUUCAGCAAGGUCGAGAGUGUUUAGUACCUGAGGUCUCCCGUACUUUCCAUUUUGGUGCCAAAGGCGCUCACCUCACUGACUACUUCCAGGCAAAUUUUUAUGUUCACACUUCCUUCAACACCUUGAGUCACGUCACUCUUGCCAAUCUUGACAAAUUGAGCCCAGCAGCUUACGAGCAACACUUGAAGGAGCUACUGCUCGGCGGUGUUCACCUGGACGGUGGUGCUGUGAACCCAUGCAACAAGACUUUGCUUCCUCGUAACUCUAGCACUGUUCAUGUCCUAUGGAUCAAGAUGAACGAAGUGUCUGACGACUACACCUACAUGGGCGUGGUGUCGUGCCUACGGCUGUGGAAUUUGGAUCUCCGGGCUCACCAUAAACUGUUGUGGCGCCUGAGGUGGAAGGGCACACCGCUCCUAAUGGUGGGGUGGCCAGCAUCACCCUUUUCGGUCCUCAAGCCACAGGGGACGCAUGUACUGAUGAGAUACGACCCGAAGAAGCCCGCGGAUGAGGCACCUGUUUAUAUCUACCAGUCCCCCAACUACUCCUCUUCCAUCGUCUCUGCCUCAGCCGUCACCGUCACGCCCUACAGCUGAUACGAGUCACUUUCCCCUGCCCUGUAUAGUUUUGCAUGGCACGUGUUAUCUGCACAUUACCUUUACAGUGCACAUACAAAGCGAUUAUCAUGGUAUCAUGCUAUCCACGAGCCUCGCAGCAACUGAAGCAUGUUUAUUAAGAGGAAAAAGAGGGAGGGAGGGAGGAGGAAAAGAAAGGGAAAAGGGAGACGGAGAGGAAGAAGGAAGAGGAGACGGAGAGCAAGAAUAGCAGUAUUGACAACAUUAGUACACAAAAACAACAAUGCAACAACAACAAUGACAACAACAACAACAACAACAACAACGAUGACGACGACGACGACGAUGAAGAAGACUACUUCUACUACUACUACUACUACUACUACUACUACUACUACUACUACUACUACUACUACUACUACUACUACUAUUACUACUUCUAUUACUACUGCUACUACUUACACCACCACCACCACCACAACUACGUAAUGACUAUACAGUGAUAUGAAAUAUGGAAACGAUUACCCGCAGACUUUUCUUACACAGAAACAAACUCGCGGGAGACCAUUCAAACAAUACCUGUGCACGUAGCACUACAAGAAUACACGUUACUAGUAAGCCAGGGGACAUGAACAUAAUGUGAAUGUAUAGAGAUAUGGCGAAAUGUGGGCACAGAGAUAAUAUAUGCUUAAGUUAAUAGGAUAUAUACAAAAACCUGUUUGGUAUGAUACGUAAGAGGACGUAUUUCAUUAGACAUACAUACACUCCAAAACACACACACACACACACGCAAUGAAUGUAGCACAUCUACACUCAUAUCAUUACUUUAUCUCGCUCUAUCUCUAGCGUGCAUUAGCAAAUUUCAUUCUCGCUGGUGAAUUAGAAUCAUAUUUCAACAUUUAUUUAUUUAUUUUUAUCCUGUCGAGUCUCUUUUCCUCUUGAUUUCAAUGUGAAGGUUCGUUAAGGAAGGCUUGGCAAUACAACUGCAUCAUUCCAACCGUAUUCUUGCAGUUUCGAUUUCUGUCUCUGAAUACUCGUAAGUAAGCCCCUUAUUCUUAAACGCAUUGUUCUCUCAGGAGGAUUAUUUUCAAACGCGACAAAGUUAAUUAGUCAGGUUUUCAUGAUGGUUUUGCCUACUGAUGAUGGCGAAUCCUUUCUGAACUACAGCUAGAACCACGAAAAUACUCUUGAAAUCCCCAAUGACUUCCACUUGAGUAUGUUGCAAGCUGUCAAGAUAGGACGCCACGGCAUUGGAGGAUGCGGGCUGAAACUACUCUCAUCUAAUUAUAUCUUCCCUAUCCUUGCCUUUGAAACUUAUGACCGUACUUAUUACUCUCUUAUCCUUCUUUUUCCACACUUUGAAAUGUUUUUUCUCUCUCUCUCUCUCUCUCUCUCUCUCUCUCUCUCUCUCUCUCUCUCUCUCUCUCUCUCUCUCUCUCUAUCAACAACAAAGCUUAGCAUUUCUUUGAGCUUUCACUUAGAUCAUCACCAGUAAUUCAAUGAAAACUACUAACACCACAAAGUGUUAGGUUUGCGACUCUAUCCAUUGCAUUUCAUCACUCCCAUGCAGAUGAACGUAAGACACGCUGCGUACUUUACCCUUGAAUAAAUCCAAAGGGGAGUCAUGGCCUGUUUUAUUUAACGAAAUGUAUGAUGACCAAGGACAUAGUUCUUGAAAAUUUGGGCGUCUUGACAGCUUUUAAUCGGCUGGUGGAAAUCAUUAGAGUUUUUAAGGGUGUUUUUUAUGAUCCUAGUGAUAGUUUAACAAAAAUUCUGCAUCCUCAGUGGAGAGAUUAACUAUGACAACUCGGUUAAGUAUCUCUGUGGCUUCUGAAAAUAGUCCUUGUGAUAGAGCGAAGGAUUUAAAACUACAAGAGCAGGAGUUGACUGAGUUUCUCAAAGAAAUCACGUAUAGAGAGUGGUAAGAAUAAAUACUUGUAGAUGAGGACUUUCGUAUAAUUUAUGUAUAUACAUUAUGUGUAUUUCACAAUAUGUGACCCCUCAUAAUAAGUGACUGCUUACUUACUAUAUUGCAUUUAAGAGGCAGAUAAAGAACGUCGAGAGAGAGAGAGAGAGAGAGAGAGAGAGAGAGAGAGAGAGAGAGAGAGAGAGAGAGAGAGAGAUUCAAAGAACAU